AUGCCGACCCCGCCGACCGCGGAUGACCGCCAGCGGCGCAUCAUCCAGUUCGCCGAAGAAUGGGGCCUCGAGCCCCCGCCGUCGCCGACGCCGCUGACCCGGCCUUCGAGCCCUCCCAGCUUCCGGACCGCCGAAGACGACGCGAGGGCCGAGGAGCUGCUGAAGCGGAAGCAGCUCUCCCACGGCCGGACAGACUCCGCCACUAAUAUCCGCCGCGCCUUCACCUCCAAGAAGAAGACGUGGGACUACAAGCUCGUAUUCGACGCCCUCGACAAGCAUGUCGCCGACCGCGGGUCCCCCGGCGUCGCCCAGGCCCUCGUCGAGAUGCUCGUCUCUUCCGGCGGCGACGUCAACAUGGCCCAGAAGGCCAAGACGAGCAGCAUCUUGCUCCGCCGCAAGAGCCUCGACAGCUUUGGUGAGCGCAGCAAGCUGCUGCAGCACGCCAUCCACAACGGCCAGACCGACAUGGUAAGGGUCCUGCUACCUCACGCCGACACAUUCGCCCUCGACGCCUCAUUAUCUCUCGCCAUGGCCUCGGAAAAUGUCGAGGUCGUCGAGCUCCUGCUUCGCUACGGCGCCAGCGUGGCCCAGAGUCCCGAGGCCCAGGACGCCUUUCGGUCAGCCUGCGCAGCCGGCGGCCAUGCCGAGCUGGUCGGCAUGGUCCUGCGGUCCGAAGGCCGGCCGCCGGCCACCUGGCUGUCGCAGUGCAUGGUGGAGGCGACGAAGGCGGGGUGUCUCGAGACGGUCGUCCAGCUAAGCCGAUCCGACGCCGAUGGCGAUCACGGCCAGGCCGAGGCGCUCAAGGUCGCCAUCGGACAGGGCCGUCACGAUAUCGCCCUCGCCAUCAUCAUGGGGAACCACCCGCCCAAGCGCCCGGGCCUGGACGAGGCUUUCUCGCAACUCCUGGACCACCCUUCCAUGAACCCCAGAGACAAGCUCGCCGUCGCGGAGCUGCUGCUCUGCGCCGGCACCGACGGCGACGCCCCCGCCAUGGCUCUGAUCCACGCCGCCGCCGCCGAAUUCCAGGACAUGGUCGCCCUUUUGGUCCAGUACGGCGUCUCCAUCGAGUACCAGGAUGCCAUGGCCAUCCGCAAAGCCAUCCAGAACGGACGGGUGGAUGUCGCGCACACGAUCCUCAGCGGUAACUCGGAACUCACCGCAACACACGCCUCGGAAUGCGUCGAGCUGAUCCCGAAAAACAUGGCCGUGGAGAACCGACGGCUGUUACUUGACCUGCUGUUACGGAGAGGGGCGAACGGGACGGCGCUGCACGACAUGCUCAUCGAAGCGGCGGAGGCGGGCGACGUGGACUCGGCCAGGCUCCUCCUCACGCCCGUCUUUCCCGGAGGCCGGCCGAUGUCCGAACACGACGUGAAAAGGGGGCCGAGGUCCAUGGUCUUUGACAGCCACAAGACGGCAUCCGUCGACCACAAGGGCGGCCUGGCCUUGCAAAUCGCCGUCAUGAGGAGCGAUGUAGCCAUGACGAAGGAGAUGUUGAUGAGCAAGCCCUCGAGCGAAACCCUGGCCCAGAUCUUCCCUCUCACCAAGACGCUGUCGCGCAGGAACAGGUACCGCAUGGUGGAAUGUUUUCUCACGAGCGGCCUCGCCGGCCCCAUCGUCCACGAGGCGUUACAGGAAGCCAUCGACGAGGAGCCGCCGCACCGGGACGAGGACCUCAUCGCUUUGUUCCUCAAGUACAACACCGACAUCAACACGAACGAGGGCUCGGCGCUGGUCGCGGCGGUGGCGCAAAAGGACGUGAGGCUGUUGAACGCGCUGCUCAGGAAGAACGUCACGCCGCAGACCGCCGCUGGCGUGCUGCCCAGGAUCAUCGGCACUCAGGACGCGAAGGCGAGGCUGGACAUGGCGACCAUGCUGCUGGCAUCCGUGCCGGAUCUCGACCCGGCCAAGGUCUCCCAGGCGUUGCUCAGCGCGUUGAACUACCGGCCAGCAGACCUCAAGCUUCUGCAAGUGCUGCUGGUGCAGGGCAAAGCCGAUGUCAAUGUCGAGAACGGCAUCGCCAUGGCAUCGGCAAUACACAACCACGACCCUCCCGUCCUGCAGACCCUCCUGGCACACGGCAAACCCACAGCCGACACGCUCCACCGGGCCAUCAACGAGUUCGGGCAGCUGGUCUUCUCGGACACCAAGGCCGAAAAGCUCGGGAUCCUGCUGCAAAAGGCCACGGCAAAGGCCCCGUUCAACGACGUGCUCGUCAAGGAGGUCCACGCCCUGCUCCAGACGCUUCCCGAGCACCGGCAGCCGUCCAUCGUCAAGCUCCUCCUCGAGGCCGGCGCCGACGUCAACUCCCACAACGCCGCCGCCCUCUGCCACGCCGUGGCCGCAAGCGACACGCAGAUCACCGAUCUCCUCUUCGCGGCCCGCCCCAGCCCGGCGUCGCUCGCGUCAGCCCUCCCCCACGCCCUGCGGAUCGCCGACCCGAUGGACCGGCUCGAGUUCUCGCAGAAGCUGCUCGACGCCGGCGCGCCCAGCGCCGAGGCGAACCGGGCCCUGGGCUUCGCCAUCAACACCUACACGAACGACAUCCCCUUGCUCCGCACGCUGUCGAUGAAGGCCAACACGAGCGACGGGGAGGCCCUGGUCUCGGCGGUGAAGAAGGAGCGCCCCGACAUCGUGGAGCUGGUUCUGCAGCAGAAGCACCCGCUCCCCGUGCUGAACGACGCCUUUGCCGAGGCGGCUUUGCUGGCCAACAGGGAGGCGAGGGCGGCCAUCUGCGAGAUCCUUUUACACCACGGCGCAUCGGGCUCGGUCCUCUCGGACGCCCUCCUCGCCGCCGCCGCGGACGGCGACCUGGUCCUGGGCAACCUCCUGGUGAGCAACGGCGCGCAGAUUGACGAGGAUGCCAUUGUGGAGGCGUGCCGGUCGGGCGCGGCCGACGUCCUCAACAUGCUUCUCAGCGGCAGCACCACGCCCAAGAAGUCGACGAUCGAGAGGGGGUUCCAGGCCGCCACCGAGGUCGGCAACCUGAAGACGCGCGCCGCCAUUCUGGAGCCGCUCCUGGUCUUCGGCGUCGACGGCGACGCCCUCCACGCGCAGCUCGCGUCCUCGGUCCGGUUCGGCGAGGAGGGCGACGACCUGGUCAAGAUCCUGCUGGAGGCCGGCGCGGACCCCAACUACAACAAGGGCGAGGCGGUCUGGGCGGCAACGCGGAGCGCCUACCUCAGCAGUCUGCAGAUGAUGCUUGGCCUGUCCGACAACGGCCCGCGCCUGGCGAGCAAGCCGUCGGUCGCCUCGCUCAGGGGGGCCGCCAAGAAGAAGCCGCCCAAGCCCACGGCCGCAACGCUCAACAGGGCUCUGCGGGCGGCGUGGAAGCUCAGCCGCGAGACCCGGUCGUCGGCGAUCGACAUGCUGUUCCGGGCCGGCCUGCCGGUCUCGGACGACCUCCACGUCGUGCUGAACAACGCCGUCAACGAGGAGGAGGUCGACCUCAAGAUCAUCAGGCAGCUGCUCCGGUACGGCGCCUCGCCGAUCGCCAACGACUGCCAGACCCUCGUCGACGCCACGAGGCGGGCGCUCGUGAAGCCGCUCGCCUUCAUGCUCGAGUCCAAGAUCCUGUCGGCAGACCUCAACCUGGCCAUCAGGGAGGGCUUCACCAAGGAGAACACGGAUUUGUGGUUCACCGAGGCCGGCUUCAGCAUCUUGCACAGUUUCCUGAAAAAGGGGGCCCACGGCGACGGCCUCAGCUCCGUCCUCACGCAGGUGGUCGACCUGCCCCUCACCGAGAGCGAUCCCGACGGCCUCGCGCUGGCCAACGGGUUCGUCGACGUCCUCCUCGACCACAAGGUCGACGUCAACUACGCCGACGGCAAACUGCUGCAGUCCGCCGCCGCCGCCUGCAACUCUUUCCUGGUCAGACGGCUGCUGGACAAGAAGCCGAACACGGAAUCGCUGUCACGCGCGUUUUACCGCAUAUUCGACAACCCCGCCCCGGAGGACGAGGCGCUCGAGCUGAUCACCAUGUUCACCGACUACGCGGACGGGGAGACGCGGCUGGACGUCAUGUACACGCCGCCCGAUUCGAUGCCCCUGCUGUUCCUCGCCCUGGCGCAGCACCCGCGGUCGAUCCGGAUCGCCAAGGCCCUCCUGGACGCCGGGUACUACUACGACCAGAUGAUGCCGUACAGGGUCACGGAGGACGUCGAGGAGGAGGAGCCCAUCACGCUCACGAUGUGGGCGCUGCUGCAGCCGCAGAAGAAGGUCAGCAGCGGCAUCAUCCAGAUGCUCAUCGAGACGGGCGCCAAGGUCAACUUCGAGUCGCGGGUGUCGCAGAGCACGCCGCUGAUGCUGGCGAUCCGGAACCGCCGACCGGACGUGGUCAAGAUGCUGCUGCUGGAGGGCGCCGAGGUGGACGUGUGCGACGUCAAGGGCAACACGCCGCUGACGCUGUCGACCGAGAUGGGCGGCGAGACGGCCAUCAAGAUGAUGUCGAACCUCCUGGCCGCCGGGGCCUCGCGAAACGACGGGUCCCUCCACAACUCGGCGCGCGAGCUCAACAUGCCGGCCUGCCAGGUGCUGGUGCAGUACGGCCACGAGCCCGACUUCCCCAGCACCCUCCACGGGGGCCGGAGCGCGCUGGGCGAGCUGUGCCGGCACUGCGCGGACUCGGGCGAGCUCACGGCGGCGCGCCAGAAGCUGAUGGAGCGCACCGUCAACUUCCUCAUCGAGGCCGGCUCCGACAUCACGCUGCGGUCCGAGGGCAAGUCGACCCUCCUCCUCGCGCUCGAGUCCCGCGACCCCGUCGCCACGAGCCGCACGCUCCUCAAGGCGGGCAUGUGGAAGCACAUCAACAAGAAGUUCAACCACUUCACGGACGGCAAGAUGACGUACUCGCCGACCAUGUACGUGCAGCACGUGCUGCCGGCGUCGGCGGAGGUCAAGGAGGCCCUCCUCCGGCUCCUCCGCGCCAACCGCGCCGAGGACGUCUACUACGCCAACAUGGGCCCGCAGCCCGAGGGCGCCGUCGGCAUGCCCGAGGACGUCGAGAUGCAGGAGCGCACGCGGCGCGCGCGGCUCGACCGCAUCAGCCUCGACCAGGAGGACCACGUGCUCUCGAUCGCGCGCAACCAGGAGCUCGCGACGGUGCAGGCGCAGAUCUGGUCGGCGCAGGCGGAGCUCGAGGACUCGCGGCGGCGGCGCGUGCGGCAGGACGAGCUCGCGGCGCUGGACGAGCGCGCGCGCGCCGAGGAGGACCACUUCGCGGCGGCGAUGCGGCGCAAGCGCGACGAGCGCGACGCCGACCUCCGCCACGAGGUCGCCCUGACCGAGGCCACCGUCUCGCGCGCGCGCGCCGUCGAGAUGGCCGAGACGGACCUCACCCUCGCCCGCCGCACGAUGCUGCUCGAGUGGGAGAAGCAGAUGGCCACGGAGAAGGUCGACCACGCCAAGGCGCUGAGCGCCAUCCGCAUCGCCGAGCGCGAGGACGUCGACCGCAUGGACCGCGAGCAGGAGGACCGCUUCCGCGCCCGCCUGGCCGAGCAGAGGCGCCUCGUCGACGGCCAGAGCCAGCUCGCCGGCCAGCUCGCCGGCGCCGGCGUCAACGGCCGCCGGCAGAUCGGGUACAUCACAGGGGAGAUUAAUUGA